UGCUCGUUAAAUUCACAAAAAUUCAUAACAAACUAAAUGUAAUAUUCGUUGAGAAAUAGUUUGUUAUUACAUAAAGACGUUUUUCCUGACGUGUUCAUAUAUAAACCAAAUCCGUGGAAUGUUAGUCAGUUUACUCGAUAUAUUACGUCCCGAACCUCUAGUUUGUAGUGCGGUUAUAAAAGUGAAAGUUAGCAGAUACCUAAUAUUUUCGUUAAACCGAGGAAAGUUUAAUGAAGCAGUCGAAGUGUUAAGGAGUGUAUUAAAACCUAAUGCUAAAAUCGCCCUCUUGCUCGCGUUUCAAAAAAGUGUACAGUGUUAGAAAUUAAGCGACUAAUUAGCGAUUGUUCUUAUGCCUAAUAAAACCUGAUUUGUAAUGAGACUAAUUUGUAAUAAAUAAUUGUUUAGUUCGAACGUUACAAUAGAUACUUGCCACCACGCAUUUUGGAUUUAUUUUCGGAGAAAUUCAUGUCAGACCUGUGAGUACUCGAAGGAGGCGAAAGAAUGUCGAACGUCACCGCUGAUAGAAACCUUCUCAUGGGUUACUACCAUUAUCUCUUCAAGGAAAUUGGAGAUCCUCGGACGAACGACUGGUUUCUUGUAACACAUCCUGUAGUUUUUCCUAUAGUUGGCUUCUAUUUAUAUUUCGUCACAAAACUAGGUCCCAAAUUGAUGCAAAAUCGGCCAGCGUUCGACUUUAAGUAUACCUUAGUAAUCUACAACGCGCUUCAAGUGGUUGUGAGCACAUGGAUGUUCUGGGAAGCAGUCGACGUAGCUUUCUUUGACGACUACAGUUGGACGUGCGAACCAGUCGACUUCUCCCCUUCACCAAAAGCCCUUCGGAUAGCUAGGGGGGUGUACGUUUUCUACUUGGCAAAGAUUUCCGAGCUUCUCGACACCGUUUUCUUCGUCCUGAGGAAAAAGUACACCCAGGUGACUUUCCUACACUUGUACCAUCACGCCGUCAUGCCCAUGGUCAGCUGGGGUGUCGUGAAGUACUUCCCCGGAGGUCACGCCGUCUUCAUCGGGCUCGUCAACAGUUUCGUGCACAUCAUCAUGUACACUUACUACAUGUUGUCAGCACUGGGUCCUCACCUUCAAAAGUACUUGUGGUGGAAGAAGUACAUCACGAAUCUGCAAAUGAUCCAAUUUUGUUUGGCUUUUAUACACAGCAGUCAGCUGCUCUUCUACGAUUGUGGGUAUCCCAAAUGGUCGAUGUUCUUUACACUACCCAACGCCAUCUUCUUCUACUAUUUGUUCGAUGAUUUCUACAAUCAGGCUUACAAAUACGACAAAAAAAUCGAGAAUAAAGGAAAAGCUAAUGGGUAUCUUAAAGAUGACAAGAACGGGAACACUCAGACUUGUGUUACUAAUGGGAGAACUGAGCUGCAAAACUGGUAUCACCCAAAAACACUCUAGUUAGUAAUUUUGUUGUUUUAAGUUGUAUAUUUUAUUUUGUGUUUAUAUUUGAACUUUAACAUUUCGACUAGAAUUCUUCAGUCGCGUAUACAUAACAAAAAGAAUAAUUAUCCGAAAUGUUCAAGUUUAUAACAUUUGUGAUUAUAUCGAGUUUUUAUAAGAAUAAAUAAUUUUCUGACUUA